UCCCCUACCAAGUUCUCCACCGCCUUCCGCCGGCCAUCGCUUCCUCUCUUGCCCAUCUAACGUCUUCAAACUCUGUUUAUUUCGACUAAAAUGUCGUUGGGAUCACCACCGCCGGCUGUCGCUACUGCUGUGUCGGAUGAUUCGGUCACCGAUGGAUUGGAGAACCAGAGUUCGAGUGAAAAUGUAAGGGUUAAGUUGAAGCUUGAAGAUCUGAAUUGGGACCAUUCAUUUGUUCGGGAGUUGCCAAGCGAUCCCCGAACCGAUAUCAUUUCUCGCGAGGUGCUUCAUGCUUGUUAUUCAAAAGUUUCACCAUCUGCUGAAGUAGAGAACCCUCAGCUAGUUGUGUGGUCUGAAUCGGUUGCUGAUAUUCUUGAUUUAGAUUCUAAAGAAUUUGAAAGACCAGAUUUUCCAUUUCUGUUUUCGGGAGCUUCUUCUUUAAAAGGAGGUUACUUGUCACUCAGGCUGUCUUAUGCUCAAUGUUAUGGGGGGCAUCAAUUUGGAAUGUGGGCUGGCCAGUUGGGUGAUGGCCGGGCAAUCACGCUUGGUGAACUUCUGAAUUCCAAGUCGCAAAGGUGGGAGCUUCAGCUAAAGGGUGCUGGGAAGACUCCGUAUAGCCGGUUUGCUGAUGGUUUAGCAGUUCUACGUAGCAGCAUACGGGAAUUUCUUUGCAGCGAAGCAAUGCACAGUCUAGGAAUUCCAACUUCUCGUGCACUUAGCCUUGUAACGACUGGAAAAUUCGUGAGCCGUGACAUGUUCUAUGAUGGCAAUCCAAAAGAUGAGCCUGGUGCUAUUGUGUGCCGUGUUGCCCCAUCCUUUCUGCGUUUUGGCUCAUUCCAGAUACAUGCUUUAAGAGGAAAAGAGGACCUUGGCAUUGUUCGAACUUUGGCCGAUUACACCAUUAAACAUCACUUUCCUCGUAUUGAAAACAUGAGCAAAAGUGACGGUUUGUCUUUCUCCACUGGGGAAGGAAACAAUGCUGUUGUGGAUCUGACUUCAAACAAGUAUGCAGCUUGGCUGGUGGAAGUUGCUGAGCGUACUGCUUCUUUAAUUGCACGAUGGCAGGGUGUGGGGUUCACGCAUGGUGUGCUAAAUACCGACAAUAUGAGCAUAUUAGGGCUCACAAUUGAUUAUGGUCCUUUUGGAUUUCUUGAUGCCUUUGAUCCCAGUUUCACUCCGAACACCACAGAUAUUCCAGGGAGAAGGUAUUGCUUUGCAAAUCAACCCGAUAUUGGCUCGUGGAAUAUAGGCCAAUUUGCAUCAGCACUUUCAACUGCACAGCUAAUAAACAAGGAAGAGUUCAAUUAUGCGAUGGAAAGAUAUGGUACUAAACUUAUGGACGACUAUCAGGCCAUAAUGACCAAAAAAGUUGGCCUUUUAAAGUAUAAUAAAGAACUCAUUGGUGAACUGCUCAACAACAUGGCUGUCGACAAAGUUGAUUACACAAACUUCUUCAGAUUACUCUCCAACAUCCGGACUGAUUCCAAUGUUCCAGAUGAAGAAUUGCUGGUUCCAUUGAAGGCUGCUUUACUAGAUAUUGGCAGAGAGCGAAGGGAGGCUUGGACCAGCUGGGUAAAACGUUAUAGAGCCGAGCUAUCUGCUAUCGGUGUUCCAGAUGAGGAAAGGAAAGCUUCAAUGAAUUCUGUGAAUCCAAAGUACAUUCUGCGGAACUAUCUAUGCCAGAGUGCGAUAGACAUGGCUGAACAAGGUGAUUUUAGAGAGGUGAGACGACUGCUAAAGGUGAUGGAAAGGCCAUAUGAUGAGCAACCGGGUAUGGAAAGAUAUGCUCGUUUACCUCCUGCCUGGGCUUACCGUCCAGGUGUGUGCAUGCUCUCGUGUUCUUCGUGAGCGUUUUGGCUCACAAGCAUAACAUGUGCAUAACAGUUAAAUUAUGUACGAUUUCAGGGGACUUUUUCUUUUCUUUCGUUAUAGUUAUAAAUGAGGGUAGUAAUAUGUCUGGUGCAUUUGUGGAGUCGUUAUUUGGUAUAGUCAAAAGGAUAGAGGAACUUGCUGUGAAAAUGGUACAUUCUUGCGGAUUUCUUGAUUUCAGUUCUGUAAAAAGGUAUACCCUUGUGUGGGAUUUACUUGUACGAUUGGUUUGGUUUGGUU